AUGUCGACAGCAAGGAAGGAUCAAAAACUGCCUCUGAUAUGGACAACUUUCCCCGAUCUCCAUAGCUCUAGCUGGUGCUGUCCAUGUCAGCCAGCUAACCCCUUUCCUUUACGUCUUGCUACCGACAAUAUGGCGAACAAGACAGACACCUACGCCCUGCACUCGCGCGGCACUGAUCCGCAGAAUCUCCUGGAGCCAUCGCUCCGCCACAGCGUGUACCUCUCGCGCUUCUGGAACGAAUCCUGUUUCGGCGUGACACUAGCCGACGUUGUUCCCCUCGCCGCUCGGCUUGACCGUAUCUCUGCCGUCACCGCCCCUCCCACCCCUUUUCUCUGCCUCCUCCUCAAGCUGCUACAGCUAUCCCCCCAGGAACCCGAGAUCGCCGUGUUUCUUAUGCAAAACGACUAUAGAUACGCGCGCCUGCUCGGAGCCUUUUACGUGCGGCUCGCCCUACCGCCUCCUGCGAGAACAUCCCGUUGUUGGCAUCACGCUGCCGCGCUUACCGCCCAGGCAUGUCGUCGAGGAGAGCUUUGUGCAGCUGCCACCUCGACCUCAGCUUCUGCAAGGCUUGUAGGCAAUGGGCGUCAGCGCGGAUGCCGCGCAUAA